CACUCUCUGCAAUCGUUAUACACGGUACCACUCUAACAUUGGACACAGAAAGCUAAUGGUCAUCACUUAUAACAAGGAGAGAGCACAUCUAUCUGACUAUGGCUGCCACCACCGAUACACCUGCCGGUAAAGACACCUCCAUGAAACCAAAGCAAUCAGAUGCACUUAAUAUUGUUAGACUAAAUGGGGUCAAUUGGCCAUGGAUGGUUACACAAGAAUCUCUUGAUACACUUCGAUCUUAUGAUGUAUGGGAGGAUGAUGUAUGGGUUACCACUUAUCCCAAAGCAGGUACUCAUUGGGUUAUGGAGAUAGUGAAUCUAAUCCUCGUCAAGGGUAGUGAGGAUAAAGCAAAUAGAGCUCAGCAAUCGUCUCCAGUUGAGUUUGAUCCAUUCCAGCCAGGGAGACGUCCACUACCUCCCAAUUCUCCUGGACCUCAAUAUAAAGCAAUGAAACAAUGGAAAGCACCAAGAGUCAUCAUGACACAUCUUAAAGAAGAAAUGAUGCCUUCUCAGAUUUAUCAAGGCAAAGGAAAAGUGAUUUACGUUAUUCGGAACCCAAAGGAUACAACUGUAUCCAACUGGAAGUUUCUUAAGGACUUUGGAUUUCACCCUCGCUAUAAAGAAUGGGACUUUUUUGCUGAAGAGUCUUUCACUGAAGAUAUUGUAUUUGGUUCGUGGUUUUCUCAUGUCUUGGAUUUCUGGAACAAACACCAACAUGACAAAAACUUUCUAUUCGUCAAAUACGAAGAUAUGAAAAAGGAUAGGAAGGGAGCAGUGAUCCAAAUUGCGGACUUCCUGGGAAAGCGUCUGUCAGACGAAGAAAUAGAUCGUGUAACUGAACUCAGCAGCCUGGAAAGCAUGAAGCAAAGGUUUUCAACAAGUAAACCAGAUGGAAGUGCGCCUUCAAGUGGGAAGCCACCAGCCACUGGAAAUAAGCCGAAACUAGGCGCACCUUCAAUCAUCAGGAAAGGGGUUGUUGGAGACUGGAAGUCCUAUUUCACUGUUGCCCAAAGCGAGGCUGUUGAUACUUUGUAUAGAGAGAAAAUGGCAGGAUCCUCACUCGCAGUGGAGUUCUAA